AUGAAAGCCGGAGGUGUCACCCUCGCGUUUUUCGCCGCACCCGCCUUCGCGCUUGCAUCUGCCCGUCCAGGAGAAGGCUUCCGAAUCUUGAGACGUGCAGAAAUCCGGGGACCUGAUUGCGAAAAGUUAUUGAGGGUUACUCGGUUCAAUUGCGAUAAGGAGCGUAACACGGAAUGGUCUGAAGAUUGUUUUCUUGUCGGCCAGGAAGCCGGUAUAAAAUGUUUGGUGGACUCCCGCAAAGUUCCAGAGACGAGCGACGCAGUUCAUGCGCAAUGCCACGCCGAGGCCGUCAAGAACGGCAAAGUUUGUUAUAAUAGCGGCACCAAAGGAGCCUGGCGCAUUUGUUCUAAGGUAGGGGUCAAAGCCUACGAUGACUGCGUAAAAAAGAACAGCGUCACGACGACAUCCGGGCAAAGCCAAAGCCCCGCCGUCACCGCCAGCACCGUGGCUAGUACGUCGACGCAAUCUAGUUCAGGAGUAGCUCAGCCGCCCGCCAAAGUGCAAGGUCCUCAGGAUCCUCCUCGGGAUCCUGCCCAGGUUAUGGAAGACAAGCUCUGCACCCCUUCAGCAAAGGCGCCGAAUGAGUGGGGUUUAAAUCCGACGGCGCCGAAUAAGUGGGGUUUAUAUGAGGGUGCAUGCAGGAGAAAUAUUGCGCAGUGUGUUUUUGAAGAACAGAAAAAGAUCCCAAAGGUCAAAAACUUUGAUGGCGUUAUCGAGUGCAUGGACAAGAGGAAAAAAUCAAUUGGCUUCGACUACGACUUCCCGAGUGACUAA